UUCAUUCUUUGGUUCAGUAUUCAGAUUACAUUGCAAAAAUGGCAUCAUUCACCAUGACAGCUUCCAUCCUUGGCAGCCCAGCCGUCACCAACCGGUCGGCAGUAGCAACGCAGAGGAGAUCACUCGUAGUGAAUGCUGCCAAAGCUGUUGAAGCAGAAAAGGUCAGUUAUGACAAUGACAUGGAUGGUAGCAAUGGAAGGAGGAACUUGAUGUUCGCCGCGGCGGCGGCUGCUGUUUGCUCUGUUGCUGGGAUGGCAGUGGCAGAUGAGCCUAAACCAGGAACCCCAGAAGCCAAGAAAAAGUAUGCUCCGAUUUGUGUCACCAUGCCAACUGCUAGGAUUUGUCGCAAUUGAGGGACUUUGGUUUUUAUUUUACUUCUGAUGAUUGGAAAUGUACAAUGGGGUUGUUGUAAUGCUUUGAUGAUUUCAUUUGAUCCUCACUGUACAAGAUGUUCAUAAAACUAUCGAGCUUUGCUUUGUGUCUUUGGUGUCGCCAGUUUAAUGCUUAACCAAGUAACAUUAUUUUUCCUUUU